AUGGCAUGUGGUGAUUACGACAUCGUCGUUCUUACCGAAACUUGGCUGCGACCCGAUAUCGCGAAUACUGAGCUGGCGUCCGAUUAUACGAUUUUCCGUUGCGAUCGUAGUGAAAGAUCAAGUUCUUUACGACGCGGAGGUGGAGUUCUAAUCGCAGUUAGGUCUUCCUUUCGUUGCAAUUCUGUAUCGCUCAGUAACUACUCUCAAUUGGAGCAAGUCGUCGCUUCCGUCAAACUCCCUGACCUUACUAUUUACAUCUGUGGCAUCUACAUUCGGCCCAACUCUCAUCCCGAUGUAUACACCAUGCAUUCUAACGCCGUAUGUGACAUCUGCGACCGCGCAUUGGACACUGACUCCAUUUUCGUAGUCGGCGACUAUAAUCUCCCAUACUUAUCAUGGACGUUCGACAAGGACAUAAACAGUUAUUUGCCUAGUAACGCCUCCACGGAAGCCGAACUUGUGUUCACGGAAACAAUAGCUGCAUCUGGACUCCAUCAAAUCAACACGCUUCGCAACUCGAACAAUAGGAUUCUCGACUUAGCAUUUGUUAACGAUAGUUGCAAUGCCGAAAUCAUCGAGCCACCCUUUCCUCUUUUGAAACUUGACGCUCAUCAUAAACCUUUUGUUCUCCGUAUUCAACUCGACGUGUGUUCUCAGCAAGUUCCUGAUGAUUCUUGUGACGAUCCCGAUUUUGACUUCAAGCGAUGUGACUUCACUGCACUGAACAACCUUCUUUCAGGUGUUGACUGGAACGAAAUCAUUGGCGCAGAGUCAACAAACUGCGCAACGGCAGUAUUCUAUGAAAAAGUUUAUGAGAUCCUUCGCGAUAACGUUCCUCGCAAACGAAGAUGUCAAGCACCCAGUUUUAAGCACUCAUGGUGGACGUCGGAGUUGCGACGUCUCCGUAAUAGCGUCCGCAAAGCCCGAAAAGUUUACUUUCGAGAAAAAUCCAGUGACGCGAAAGAAAAGCUUAAGCAUCUUGAAGCGUGCUAUAGUGAGUGUCGAAUAGCAGCUUUUCGCUCUUAUACAGAUCGAAUUGAAUCGAAUUUGAAACAGAAUCCGAAAAGCUUCUGGUCGUAUGUGAAAAGUCGUAAAAGCGGAUCGCAUAUUCCGGAGAAUGUAUCGUAUGGUGACUUAACAGCUAACAGUACCCCUGAAGAAGCGGCUAAUCUGUUCGCAAAUUUCUUACGAAGCGUGCACAGUCAAGUUUCUUCAGGGCUGAAAGAACAUCAUUCGGCGUGA